AUAUAUAUAUAUAUAUAUAUAUGAUACUUGGGAUACCGUAUUGGUUUGUUUUAGAAUUCUUAUUCAUUCACUGAUUUCCUUCAUGAAAUAGUCUACCUUUUGCUCUUGAAAGUUUUAAUAUUAUGAUAUAGGGCUUAUUCUUAGUGCUAAGUGAGUUUACUGUUUCGGGAUUUACUUCAACAAAAUUAACCUUAUUUUUCGUGGAAAUACAAAAGUAAGAAGCUUAUCAUCAUAUCGGAAUUAUUGAAUUCGCCUUCUUUUACUUUUGCACCAGUUUCAGUAAGUUGCUUGUGUCUUAAAACAUAUUCUUAACUGAGCAAACUUCAUUUUAUGUACAAGUAAGAAAGUAAUAAGUUUACUUAGUGUGUACGGUACCGUUUAUAAACGCUUGGUAAAGGUUGAAACAACAUGUAUAGCUCCCAAAAAUAUCUCACUGAUAUUAACUUAAGCAUUUAGUACAAUGUGUUGGACGAAACAUAGUCAUUUGACCGAAUGGUAUUUUCUAGCAUAACAGAACCCCUUCUCGUAAUUAUUUUAAUGACAUUUUGCUUUUAGUGAUUGCCAAAUUUCAGUUAAUUAAGACUGACGUUUCCUGGAAAUGUAUUGAACUAUUGAAAUAAAUAGUAUAUAUUUACGUUGAAAACUGACUAACAACAGACAAUUUGUCAUGGUGGGACAUAUUUUUAGCUUGGACUAUGAAUAUUCUGACAAGUGAAACAUCUUACUUCUUGUGUGAACCUCCAUAGUGUCCAGAUCUUUAUUAUGGAAAGUAAGGCUUGAACAGUUUUAUUUAAACGCAGAAAAAACUUGGUACAAUAUGACACGAAGAAAGAUGCGCCACAUAAUAAUAAUAAAACAACAUAGAUUCAAAGUAAAAAUAUAAGUGGAGAACGGAUGAAGAACUUCAUCUGGAAGGAAAACAGUCAUGCUUAACAAAUUUAAACAGUAAUCGUUAACUAUCAUCAGGAAGGGAAGAAAAAAGGAAAUUGCAACACAUUCGCCAUUGAAGUAGAAUUCGUUCACAUGUUUUUUCUAAUCUUACUUCACAGUUGUUUCAAGUGACGUUAAUCAUAUCAUGGCACAUUUUUCUAACGAAUUUGUAGAGUUGUGAAUUAAAUGUUCUUACUUAUGACAAAGGUAUUUUUCACGUAUAUUAUGCUGAUCAUAUCUUUAAAUUACUGGGUACUUAAAAGAUAUUUUUUAUCUCGUUACAACGACUAUCUCCAGUAAACAAGUGAAAUGACCCGUGGUCCCCUGUGCAUUUUUGUGAUAUUCAUUUAUGUUUUGUGGUUCCUGUUAAGUUUACUAUAUGUCAGUGGUUAUAUGAUUGGAGUUGGCAUAUAUGACAUUACUGGUCCGGUCGCUGAAAUAAACAUGAUGGGUUAUGGCAGUAUGAAACAAAUCAAUGAUGGACUUCAUCUAAGAUUAUUCAGUCGCGCAUUUGUUAUCAAAGAUAAUGUUAGUUCUCAACCUAUCGUCAUUACAAUAUUGGAUGCUGGUAUGGUAUCACAAGCAGUAAAAACUGAGGUUAUCCAUCGGUUAGGUAAUCAUUAUGGAGAUAAACUUUUCACACAUCAAAAUGUCUUACUUAGUGCCACUCAUACUCACUCUGGGCCUGCUGGUUACUUUCAGUAUCUACUUUAUUCAAUCACAUCGCUUGGAUUUGUAUCUGAAACAUUUGGGCCGUUAGUUGAUGGAAUUGUUAAGAGUAUUAUUCAAGCUUAUUCUAGCAUACAAGAAGGGCGAAUUUUAAAAGCUGAAGGAGAUUUGCAUAAUGCUAGUAUCAAUCGGAGUCCAGCGGCUUAUUUAAUGAAUCCGCCUGAGGAAAGAGCAAAAUAUAGCGAUAAUGUGGACAGAAAAAUGACAUUGUUAAAAUUUAUUGGUAAAGAUGGUAAACCAAUAGGAAUGAUCAACUGGUUCGCAGUUCAUCCAGUCAGUAUGAACAAUUCAAAUUCACUGGUUAGCAGUGAUAAUAAAGGCUUAGCUUCAAUUUUAUUUGAGCAGAAAAUGAAUGGCGAUCGAAUGCUAGGCAAGGGUCCAUUCGUAGCUGCUUUUGCUCAAGCUAACGAAGGGGAUGUCUCACCAAAUAUCGAUGGUCCUCGCUGCAUUGAUACCGGCUUACCUUGUGAUUAUAUACAUAGCAGUUGUGGUGGACGUACUCAAAAGUGCAUUGCGUUUGGUCCUGGCUCUGAUAUGUUUGAAAGUACAAAGAUUAUUGCUCAAAGACAAUUUGAUAAAGCAUGGACGUUAUUUAAUGAAGCACAUACCGAAAUAACGGGACCUGUUGAUUAUAUUCAUCAGUUUGUCGAUAUGACAGGUGUGACUGUUGACUAUAUGGGUCAAAAAGGUAGUACCUGCAAACCAGCUAUGGGUUUUAGUUUUGCUGCUGGUACCACUGAUGGUCCUGGAGAAUUCGAUUUUGUUCAAGGUACAAAACACGGUAGCACAUUUUGGACGAUAGUACGUGAUUUCAUAAAAAUACCAAGUAAAGCAUUGGUUGAAUGUCAAGCACCGAAACCAGUUUUACUUCCAACUGGAGAGAUGACACAUCCGUAUCCCUGGCAACCAUCUAUUGUCGAAACUCAAAUUCUUUCAAUUGGACCUCUCUUAAUCGUUGCUUUGCCAGGUGAAUUUACUACUAUGUCUGGAAGGCGAAUUCGUAAAGCAGUCGCCAAAACUGCUGGUAUUGCCACUAGCGAAAAUCAACCUCAAUAUGAAGUGGUUCUUGCUGGACUGUCAAAUGUUUACUCCAGUUAUGUCGCUACUCCUGAAGAAUAUCAAUUACAAAGAUACGAAGCUGCAUCCACUAUUUACGGUCAGUAUACACUUCCAGCUUACGAACAACAAUUUGUGAAAUUAGCGUGGUCGUUAGUUAAAAAAAUAAAACUUGAUCAAGGACCUCCAUCUCCAUACUUUGUCGAUAAACUGUUAAGUUUUGUACCAAAGGUUUUAUAUGAUACAGCACCACUUGGGAAGAAUUUCGGUAGUGUACUGAAACAACCAGAAUCAAUAUACUAUCGGAAAGCAGAUAUUGUUGAGGUGGAGUUUGUCAGUGCAUCACCACGUAAUAAUAUACGUUCAAAUGGAACGUACUUGACUGUUGAAAGGUUGGACGAAACGCUGCAAAAAUGGGAUAUUUUUCAUACGGAUGCAAAUUGGGAGACAAAAUUUAUUUGGAAAAGAAGAGGAUUCCUUGCAUGGUUACUUGGUCGAAGUGUUGCAGUUAUCCAGUGGACAGUUAGUUCUAUCGAUGGUCAGUGUAUUCCAGGUAUCUAUAGAAUACGAUAUUUUGGUACAUACAGAAGUAUUUUUGGAACUAAAACAGACUUUUCUGGUGUUACAAAUAAAUUUACAAUACUAUGCAAAUAA